CUAGAUUUAGACAGUUGAAUGGCUAGGCCCCCAUUCAUUGGACGCUACCGAAUACCCCGAACUGUACCGAAAGAACAAGCAUCGAGCGCAAAGAAAUCAACUGCUUUAUACUAGCUCGUGGAAAAGACCUUGAUAUAUAUUGGAUAUUGGAUCCAAAGCGUUCUUUUAAAAUGAGUUGUGCAGUUAGAGGGAAGGCGAAGUCUGGCCGUACUUGGAAAACAGUUCGUACCGCAAAACAUAGUUCAAUUAAAAAAGACAAAGGUCUACGUACUUCAUUUCAAACUCGUAGAAAAAUUGAAGCAGAAAUUCAAAAAAUUCGUAUUGAAUCUAUUGAACGAAAAAAAGCAAAAAGUGAAUUAAAAAAAGCCAAACGUCUUAAAGAAGAAGAGAAACGUCAAAGAAAAUUAGAAAAUGAACGUCGUUCAGAAAUUGUUGAAACGAUAACAAAUCCUGCUAAAAUAAAACGUUUACGAAAGAAACAAAUGCGUACAAUUGUUACACGAUAAUAGAAAAAAAACGACAGAUUAUAUUUUUUAUAAUAUGAACUACCAAAUGUUUUAGUCUUUUUUUUUUCUUCUUGUUGUUUGUGAAUCGAUUGAAACUGGAAUAUAAUUGAUGAAGUAGUGUCAUUGUUGUAUUUGGUAUUAGUGAAUGCUACAACUUACAGUCGAACCAGUUGCCUGAUAAAUUCGAAAAAAUGAAUAUAUAUAUAUA